CCGGUCAGGUGACAGCUGGCUCCGGCCUAUUUUACGGUUCCGAGCUCCGGUCGCACCGUAAGCUGCGUGCCCCACGGGUGGCUUCCGCGGAGAUGGCAGCCACUCUGCAGCGCAUCGAGCGGCUGUCCAGUCGGGUGGUGCGCGUCCUGGGCUGUAACCCGGGCCCCAUGACCCUGCAGGGCACCAACACCUACCUGGUAGGGACCGGCCCCAGGCGUAUCCUCAUUGACACUGGAGAACCAGCAAUUCCAGAAUAUAUCAUCUGUUUAAAGCAGGCUCUGAAUGAAUUUAACACAGCAAUCCAGGAAAUCAUUGUGACUCACUGGCAUCGUGAUCAUACUGGAGGCAUAGGAGAUAUUUGUAAAAACAUUGAUAAUGACACUCCAUAUUGCAUUAAAAAACUCCCACGGAAUCCUCAGAUAGAAGAAAUUAUAGGAGAUGGAGAGCAACGAUAUGUUUAUCUAAAAGAUGGAGAUUUGGUUAAGACUGAGGGUGCCACUCUAAGAGUUAUAUACACACCUGGCCACACUGAUGAUCAUAUGGCUCUACUUUUAGAGGAGGAAAACGCUCUCUUUUCUGGAGAUUGCAUCCUCGGGGAAGGAACAACUGUAUUUGAAGACCUCUAUGAUUAUAUGAACUCCCUAAAAAAGUUAUUGAAAAUCAAAGCUGGUAUUAUAUAUCCAGGACAUGGCCCCGUAAUCCAUAAUGCUGAAGCUAAAAUUCAAGAAUACAUUUCUCACAGAAAUAUUCGAGAACAGCAGAUUCUUCAAGUAUUUCAUGAAAAUUUUGAUAAAUCAUUUACAGUAAUGGAGCUUGUAAAAAUUAUUUACAAGAAUACUCCUGAGAAUUUACAUAUCGUGGCUGAACGUAAUCUCUUGCUUCAUUUGAAAAAAUUAGAAAAAGAUGGAAUGAUAUUUAGCAACACGGAUCCUGACAAGAAAUGGAAAGCUCAUCUUUAGUUUUGUAUUAGUGAAAGUUCUGUUGUUUUGUUUUAGAGAAUGGUAUGUUUUCUUAACUAUUAAUUAUAUAUGGAGAUUAUAGAGUACAUAACAUUAAAAAUAACCCUGGAUAUGCUUUAAAAUAAUGUCAUGUUUUCAAAUAUAUAAAUUAUACUUUACAUCUAUAAUCCUAUCUAAUAAAGAGGGAAUAUGCUAAUUGACCCUCAUGCCAUCACAAAGAUGGCGACACCCACAUCCAAUAAGGAGGGAAUAUGCUAAUUGAUUGCCAGGCCCACAAAGAUGGCAGCACCUACAGCCACAAGAUGGCGGCGCCCAGUCCCCUUAGCCCUGCCAGGGCACCUGCCUCCAGAGUCCCCCAGUCCCCUCAGCUCCCCAGCCACCCAGGGCCGCCCAAGGCUCAGGUAGUACUGUGUUCUCUAGCUGCUUCAGUAAUUUCUAUGUAAUCCUUCCUUUUCUGCAACCCUUGUCUAUAUCUUCAGAUGAUAGGUUUGUUUUCAUGUUUAUAUCUAUUAUGUCAUGAUUAUGUAUUCUAUAGCCCUUUAUCAUGUUUACUUUCUUAUAAUGGUACUAGAGGCCCGAUGCACGAAAGUCGUGCAAGGAGCUCAGCCCUCGUAGCCCCAGCUUCAUCUGGAAGGUCGUCCGGCUGUCCAGUCUAUUAGCAUAUUAUGCUUUUAUUGUUAUAGAUUCCACAAGUGAUUUAUGUACAUCAACUUUGGUAAUUAAAAAAUAUUAUAUUAUAUUCCUAGUUAAAAACAUUAUAUAAUAAUUAUAUAAUAACUAGAGGCCCAGUGCACGAAAUUCGUGCAUGGAGGGGUGGGGGUGUCCCUCAGCCCAGCCUGCACCUUCUCCAAUCUGGGACCCCUCGAGGGAUGUCCAACUGCCUGUUUAGGCCCGAUUGAUCCCAGUGGGAUUGGGCCUAAACGGGCAGUCGGACAUCCCUCUCACAAUCCAGGACUGCUGGCUCCCAACCGCUCACCUGCCUGCCUGCCUGAUUGCCCCUAACUGCUUCUGCCUGCCAGCCUGAUCACCCCCUAACCACUCCCCUGCCAGCCUGAUUGGUGCCUAACUGCUCCCCUGAUGGCCCGAUUGCCCCCAACUGCCCUCCCCUGCAGGCCCAGUCACCCCUAACUUCCCUCCCCUGCUGGCCUGAUCUCCCACAACUGCCCUCCCCUGCUGGCCAUCUUGUGUCCACAUGGGGGCAGCCAUCUUUGACCACAUGGGGGUGGCCAUCUUGUGUGUUGGAGUGACGGUCAAUUUGCAUAUUACCUCUUUAUUAUAUAGGAUUAUUUUUGUUAUCCAUGAGUAUAACCAACUUACUUUGCAAGUUUAGGUUUUAGUAUAGAAAUAGUCAUAAACAUAUACAGUGUAUGAAUUAUAUACCAAUUCUUUUUUUUUCUUUAUUGAUUAAGGUAUUACAUGUGUGUCCUUAUACCCCCUUUUCCCCCCACCCCCCACUCAUGCCCUCACCCCCCUGGUGUCUGUUCCUUUUUAUAGCAGCAUAGUAUUCCACUUAUACCAGUUCUUUUAAUUAGAGGGUUAUAAGAGUGCAUUUUUAUAUAAGUAAUGUUGUUGUUUUUUAAUAUAUUUCAUCGAUCUUUUACAGAGAGAAAGGGAGAGGGAUAGAGAGCUAGAAACAUCGAUGAGAGAGAAAUACUGAUCAGCUGCCUUCUGCACACACCGCAAUGGGCAUGUGCCCACAACCAAGGUACAUGCCCUUGAUCGGAAUCAAACCUGGGACCCUUGAGUCUGCAGGCCAACACUCUAUCCACUGAGCCAAACCAGUUAGGGCAGUAAUGUUCUUAAAUAGUGGUUAGGUUCUCAGUGUGGCCACCAAUGCUUAUUUAACUCACAAGGUUACCAAACUACUUUACUAAAAUGAGCUCAGAAUCCUGGGAAUGUAUUUUCUGUACUCUUUCCUAAAAUAAGACAUUAAAUAUUUUUUAACUCCC